GCUCACAUGUAUUUGUUUACUUGCUGAUGUAACUUGGAUUCUGCUGCAAUGUCUUGAAGAUUUUCAUCAUAUUGGUUUUUGUUUAAACUUCAAACUAAAAUCAUGUCCUGGAAUGGUGAUACUUAUCUACAAUACCAGCUGGCUGCUACAGUCUAGUUCUAUAAAGUGUAUAUUUUUACGUUAAAAAUUAGUCUGAAAAUGGACAUUCAAGACGUUUUGAACUGUGUGUUUUCUGCAUGGUAUCCUAAGUUCAAAGAUAUUACAAUUAAGAGUUACAUCCUGCCUCUGCCAAAGGAGUUCUUGGACUAUUUACAGGCCGAUGGUGUCGUUCUUCCAGAACAAUCUGUGGCAGCUAGUGGAAAACAUGACGAGGAUGAUAUUGAGGGAGAGGAGCUUGAUGUUGACUGGGAUUCUGCUGACAGCUCUGAAACAAAGAUGCCAAGUUUUCCUGAAUUUGAGAGUUUGAUGAAAAAAAUCAUCAAAAACCUUGGCGGUUCUGUGUUCCCAAAAUUAAACUGGAGUGCCCCACGAGAUGCCACAUGGAUUUCCUUUGACAAGACUUUACGUUGUACAUGUCCUAGUGAUGUCUACCUCCUAUUGAAGAGUUCAGAGUUCAUUACACACGAUCUGACACAACCGUUCUUACAUUGUAAGGACUGUGCCAACGGCAGCAAUGUAACAGUCCAGUAUGAACUUAUUCUAAGAAAAUGGCAGAACCUUGCAUCAGGAAUGGAGUUUCGAUGUUUUGUUAGAAAUGGAAAUUUAACAGCAAUCUGUCAGCGGAAUCACACAGAAUAUUAUGAAUUCAUAACCAAGAUGAAGGAGGAGAUUGUAUCCGACAUCAAAGCUUUCUUCUAUCAUAUGGUGGCUGGGAAGUUCCCCAGUAAAAACUAUGUAUUUGAUGUCUACAGAAGAGACAAGGGGAAGCUACUCUUGAUAGACUUCAACCCAUUUGGUGCUGUGACUGAUGGUUUGUUGUUUACGUGGGAUGAGCUAGAGGGACUGAGGGGUGACGGACAGGAAGACCAGCAAAGAAAUGACCAAUCAGAAGGAUCAACCAGUGUGACAUCUUCUGUGGAAACAUCCAAUACUCAGGAACCUGUUUUCCGGUUUGUAGAACAUCCUGAGGGAGUCCAGCCUCACCCUUAUUCUAGCUUUGGUAUCCCAGAAGACAUCAAGGACCUUACUAGUGGGGAGGAUCCCUACAAAAUGAUGGACCUUCUUAACCUGAAAAUCCAGCAGAUGGGAAGACAGGAUUCAUGUGACGAGGAGGGAGAUUGACAUGCACUGCAGUUUACAAGAACAGAAAAAAGACAUCCUUAAGACUGGCUGAACUAAUUCCAGGGAUUAUCCUCAACAGAAUGAUAAAUAUAUCGAAAUAGCGCACACCUUAUUUUGGGCUUUAGAAAGUUGUGUAUCUCAUCAAAUGAUAUUCAGAUGUCCAUUUUCAGUUAAAAACUGUAUCUUACAUCAUAUAAAAUGGUUGUUAGUCCUCAUGGUUUCCUGAAGACAAGGUUCACAUAAGGUUGUGUUAUAACACCUUUCUAAUAAUGUGAGGAUAAGAGGCAUUGGAGCAUGGGUUUAGUUACUUCAUCACACAGUAUUGUCCUAAUGUAAGGUUUGUUAUUCUGUCCAAAUAAAAUAUCAAACUGUAUUCUGUUCCAUAAUAGUGGCAUUAUCCUCAACAUAUUCUCAGCUGCCCCCACUCCCUCCAUUACUAUACAAAGUGAAACAAAGGGAAGUAACUUUGAAUGUUUGAAUAGAGCCUCCAAUAAACUCAAUAGUAUUUUCUGUAUAAAUGUAGUGUUGCUGCAGUCUCUUAGUAAUGACAGAUAUGUAAAUUUUUUCAAUGCUUAAAUUUUCUAUACACUUUCAAAGGGGUUUUCAAUAUUGAACAGCUAGUAUUGGCCACCCAUCUCCACCAUUUCUCAAUUGUAUCAAUUUAAUCUCAUACACUCGCAGAUGCCUUAAAUUGAAUGUAGAGAAAUGAUAAUGAUUGUAAAACAUGUUAUUGAUAGCAAGAAUCAUGCUAUAGAUUGUAUUGCAAAAAAUGUUUUAGAAUUGUUAUUAAUAAAAUUUUCAUAGAU